AUGGGCUACUUACCCACAUGGGCUGUCUGGUUCACGGUAUAUAACAAGAGCAAGGACUACCUGAACCAGCGCUAUGAAUACCCUUUCUUGGUGAACAUGGCCUCCUCCAUUAUCGCUGGCGCGAGUAGCACUCUCGCCACGAACCCUAUAUGGGUGAUCAAGACGCGGCUGAUGUCGCAGAGCGUCUCCCACCAAAAGAUGUACACUUCCGAGGGAAUUCUAUCCUUUUACUCUGGCCUGACUCCAGCGUUGCUCGGCCUUACCCACGUCGCCGUCCAGUUUCCAGUCUACGAAUACCUCAAAACCAAGUUCACGGGCCAGGGUAUGGGAGCAAUAGAUGGCGAGGCGGGAGAGAAGACGUGGGGACAAUUGUUCGGCGUCCUGUGUGCUACGGUGCUUAGCAAGGUCAUGGCAAGCAGUGCCACCUACCCGCAUGAAGUCAUCAGGACGAGACUCCAGACACAACGUCGCCCCGCUGCUGGCGACGCCUAUCUACAAGGCUUUAACAUAGCGCCAGGUUCUAACCAGACACCGGCCCCCACGCCACCUCCGCGACAGGAACUCAAGUACAAGGGCGUGGUCAAAACAUUCCGGACCAUUCUCAGGGAAGAGGGAUGGCGCGCCUUUUACGCCGGCAUGGGGGCGAACAUGAUGCGAGCGGUACCCGCCGCGGUAGUUACAAUGUGCACCUACGAGCUCUGCAUGAACUCUUUCAAAAGGCUCGCCAAGAAGCAAAGGACAAGAUAUCGAACGCGGUCGGGUCGGUCGGUUGGCUGA